AUGAGCGAACUGAUGGAGGAAGAAUUCAAAGACAGCUGCGGGGAGAAAUUCGAAGAUUUGCGAUUCGAGGUGCUGUCGAUGCUGGAUAGCGAAAUCUGCACCGUUGCUCCGGUUUUUUAUUACUCGAUUAUGUCGAGUUAUUCGAUGAAUAUUCAACAGGAGCGAUUUGUGAGGACCGAUCCGACGGAUGCUUCAACUCGAUUUAACGGAAAUCUCUUCGGCGAUGGAAGAUAUGCUGAUGUUCACUGA